UUUUUUUUUUUUUUUUUUAUGCACAUGUCUUUUGUAAAACCAAAAGCAGUGCCGAAAAGAAAAAUACCUGCACGGUAUAGGGUAUGUAUAGGUACGUAGGCACACUUAAUGAUGCGAAAUACGGCAGCAACAAUUUCUCAUCGUGGGCCGCUAAUACAGUUACUCCAAAACAAUAAAAUGCAUGGCGUGUAUAUGUACUGUUACGUGCACACAUAUAAACAUAUAUGUAUAUGAUGAAUAAAAUGUAAGCAGCAGAAGCAGACGUUCUCCACGUAUACAUGGGUUUUUACACGCAAAUGAGAUAAGAGCAAGGAAUAAGGAAUGUCAACGAGAAUGAGCAGAAUAAUGUAUAAAUUAAUGUGCUCUACAUUUUUGAAAAUAUUAUUCGGGCUGGCGGUCUGAUAUUUUCAAAAAUUACAGUACAUUUAUACAUCAUUCUGCUCAUUCUCGUUGAUAGUCAUUAUUCCUUGCUCUUAUCGCAGUUAUCCCGUUUGCGCGUAAAGUUUCUAUAUAUGUAUGAUAAACAUGUUAUAUAGGUGUUUGUAUCGUAGACGACGUUGCUCCGCCAUGUUUUGCAAUCACAAACAUACACAGGCACACGAAUUCACUAGAGCAGCCGGCGCAUGCGCACCUUUCCAAUUUCUCAUAGCCCAUCUCUUUCGCACUCGCAGCCGGCCCCGUGUAAUUCGUGCUCCGUUCUCACUCUUCUGCUGCAGUGACUGUUGUGUGUUGUAUAUUAUAUGCUCGAGAGACGAUACGAGCAGACAGCAGCAGCAUUUCGGAGCAAGCAGAGAGGAAGACUGACUCUCGGAGAGAGACAGCCUAAAUACUGCACGGCGUCGUUGUCGAGAGCAGAGAGAACGCGGUAGUUUCUCUUGGUUGCUCUCUAGGAGCGCCACGUUCGCUUAGCACUUGUCACUCUCACCAGGAGUUGCCAACACCGUCCCGGAGGAGCUGUGCGAGCGCACAACAGUCGUUCACGUUGCGGAUGCGACUCUUUUUCUUUUCAAUGUCGCCAUCGAUGCUGCAGCUUCGAGGUCGGGCUGGCCUACUUUGUAUAGUCUCGUGUGCGCGCUGGCGUGUGUGUGAACGUGUGUGUCUCGGCCAAGCGUGAAUAACGUUGCGCGUAUAACCAUCAGGCGUAGAAGUGAUCUCCUCGACGUGAAAAGCCGAAAUAUAUAAAUCUGCAGCAGUGAGCAGACAAACCGCUUUCGUCUCCCCCACGGCCACGACUGCUUGUGCUUCUUCCUAUAUAGGAGCGUUGAUUGAAAGAGUAGCCUUAGGAAAUCAGCAUUGAGAUGAACUUCACCCCAUUUACGGGCUUCACGACGGGCUCGCUGCCUACGGGGGCGGUCCACCAGUUCGCCACUGCAAAGUUCGCCCAAAAUUUGCCGACGGGCGGCCAAGUAGUCGGGGUUAUAUCGAGCGGCGAGGGUGGUAUCCACUACCUUCGGCCAGUCGACGCUAAUGGUUUCACGGUAGCGACCCCGAGCGCCAACAAUCACCAACAGCAGUUCAUCACCCUGCCCAUCACCGUCCCCGGCAAGGAUGGUACCCAGCAGCAACAAACCGUGCAGAUACAGGUCGUCAAUCCCAAUGUCAACCAGAGCGGCGAACAGCCCAAGUACCAUCUCGCGCCCAUAUCGCUGAAUCAACUCAAUCAGAUACCACAGGGUGCGGCCACCGUACUUACCGUCGCUUACAGCCAGCAGGGCAACGACAAUGUACAGAUACAGGUUCAGCCGCAGAACACCAUCGCCACAACGCAAACAACUGAGCACACGACUCAGAGCACAGCGACAGCUACAACAACGGCUCAACAGACGAUCCAGCAAACGGUCCAGCUGCCCGGAGCACCCGAGGGACUUACUGUUGUGGCGCAGAUACCGCACGACAUGAUUCUACGUGAGAGCAUCGAGGAGACAAAAGAUAACACGACGAUAGAGACUGCUCACAUAAAAACGGAGGCCGGCACGACGCCGGUCGCCCUUAUAAAACGCGGUGGUACCAAGAAUCAGGGUAACCAGAGUGGUGAGGAGUUUAUUGCCUCGAUGCCUGGCGCUUGGUCCACCAGUAUUACUCCUGGUAACGUGGUGGCCGAUUACCUGUCGAAAUUAUCUGCAAACACGCUCCAGAAUUUCCUCAAGUUCUCCGCAGAAACGAUAAAGCGCGAGUCUAUGAUCGAAACUAGCCCUCUAGGUGCCGAUGGACUCGAUGCCGCGGGAAAUCCCACCAGCGAUGGUCAGACUGUGCAGAUCACAGUGGCCGGGGGUGAAACCGAGAUCAUACCCGAUGUCAUGGAAGAGGGGGGUGGAGAGCCGGGUGUCAAGCCCAAACGCAAGAAGAAGUACAAGAAAAAGCCACCCAAGCCCAAGAAGCCUAAGCUUGGACAGAUGAACUUCGCCGAUCGCCCUCAAAACUCCAAAAGUAGACGUUUUAAGGUGAAUAUAGUCACAGCUCUCGAUGGUACCACGCUAUAUUGCUGUCCUGAGUGUAGCAUGGCUUAUCCGGAGAUAGAACUGCUGGAGCAGCAUUUGAUCGGACACAAAAUCGAGAGGCGCUUUAUCUGCCACAUCUGCGGCACAGGUCUUAAAAGAAAAGAACAUUUAGAAAGGCAUAAGCUGGGCCAUAAUCCUGAAAGGCCCCAUCGGUGCCCCGUUUGCUCGAAGGGUUUUAAAAGAAAAGAGCAUCUCAAUUUACACUCUGUUAUACAUUCCGGCCACAAGACGGAAGUGUGUACCGAGUGCGGUAAAGCUUUUUAUCGAAAGGAUCAUUUGAGAAAGCACUCAAAGUCGCAUUUGGCCAAACGAGGGAAAGAUCCUCUUGGAGGUAAUGCGAGCGAAGUUCAGUCUCAGCAGCAAGCAGUUCAAGUUGUUCAGCAGCAGCAAGCUGAGCAUCAGCAGCAAUCAAAUAGUGUCCAGCCCGAGGUACAGCAGAUACAAAUACAACGCGUCAUGCAAAUUUUUAAACCCCAGGUGGGUCAAGGCUCACAAGCGCAAAUUCAUCAGAUCGCGGUUAGCGAAAACUCUGCCGUAGUCUUGCCUGCGGGCACAGACGCUAACACUCUAGCGUUGCUACAGCAACAUCAUCAUCAGCAGCAGCAGCAGCAACAUCAGCAACAACAACAACAGCAACAACAACAACAACAACAACAGCAGCAGCAGCAGCAACAACAACAACAACAGCAGCAGCAGCAGCAGCAACAUUAGCAUAUGUGGGCUCACGUUUAACGACAAUAGUUGAACUUGAAUAGCCAAGAAAAUGACUGAUUUUCUAAAAUCACAUGCAAAAGGACUAUGUGAGAGGAAUGUAAAAAAUACCUACGCAAGUUUCAGUGGCGUUGCUUAUACCAUGGAGUCUCAAAUGUAUUAUAGAAUUUUCCGAGAUGAGAAAACUUGAAGGCUUGUUGCAUACACAGAGAAUAUUUAUUGUGACUUUGUUGAAAAUUAUUCAAAUUUUUUCUGGUACUUUUUUUUUAUUGUUGAAAGCUAAGACAAGCUAUAGAACAUUUGACUCUUAUAAUUUUCAAGCAAAGUUUUCACAAACCAAACAACAACUUAUGACUUUUUUUUUUAAUUUUUAUUAUUAUUUGUGAAGAGACUUUUUGAUAUAUUUAAUAACGAAUUAAAAUUUGGUUUCUUUAUCAACUGCACAUGUAUUUUUAGAUGUAAAAUACUGUUAUAUAAUAUUACUUAUGAAGCCAAAUGGAUUAAUUACUUAGACGACUCGAAUACUACGGAAAAGUUGUAAAAAAAAAUUAUAUAAUAGCGUAUAAGAUGCUUGGGGAGCACGAUUUUGCAAAGAUCAGAAAGCUUAAAAAUCUAUUUGUAUUCGGUGUAGAUGAUAUAAGAAAUAAUUUACACAAAGGGUGAAAUGUUAUAAUUUAAAUUUACUCAUUUAUAUUCUCUGUAUAUUAAUCAUCGAUAAAAUAGGUUUUGUAUAGAUAUAAAAAGUUCAUACAUCGUGUUUAUUUUUAUGUAUCUAUAUAUUUAAUAAAAACUGACAAAACCUGGAAGAUGUAAUAUAAUUGUUGCACCAUGAGAAACAUCAUGGUUAGUUCAUGAUUUUUAUUUUCCUAUAUUCUAGCUUUGUAGUUUUCUGCAACAAACAUUAUUUGAAAUAAUAUGUAAAAAUUGAAUAUUUUUCUUAAACGAAAAGACACGUUAGAUGAAAAAAAAAAAAAAAUAAUAAUAAUAUAAAUUCAUAAGCAUUUAAUAGUAUAUAAGACCAUUGUAAAUGUUUAUACGAAAUGUUUUACUGAUUAUAGUGAUUUCAAAAAAAUGACUUAAUCAUAAUUUUGUUUUAUUAAUAAUUUAUAAUCUAUUUUUAUAUUCUUAUAUUUGCUUUAUAGACAAUAUUCUUACCAAUACAAAUUCAUUAUACUACCAUAUUGUUAAUAAAUAAAAAGGCACAAUUCUAUAUUUAA